GUAGAGUUUCCUUGGUAGCGCUUAUAGAGGAGUGAACUAUGCUAUAGGUAGAUCAGCAACAUCACGCCGGAUGCCUAAGCUUGCUUGUUCCUGACGAGGGGCAUACCACCGCGCCAUUCUUCGAGGGAAACCACGUAUCCAAUCCUGACAAACUAUGCAAUCAAAUUGCGUUCACAAUGCGUUGGGCGGUAGUAGCUUUGGAAGCACUUGCUAUCGUGGCAAUGGACAGCUGCGGGCAAUUAACUCGAUAUCCUACGCAGUUCCCACUAGAAUGACUGGUUUCCGUUGCAUAACAGCACAUAAUCGUAGCUGCAUGACGAGAUUAUUGGACAGUUGGCCUCAGGCUGCACUGCCACGGCCAAGGCGCUCUCCUCACAAUCCGCAACUCGGAACCGCGCAUCGUCUUGGCACUUUGACAAAACGCGCGGCCAUCCCCUCGUCAGUGCCUUCUCCUGGAACCUUGCCGUACAGCUCCGAAGCCGCUCGGGCAGUACGAGCUGCGAAGGAGCAAGCUGUACGGCAGGGUUGCAUGUUUGCCGGACCCGACCAGAUCUUGCUCGGCGUGCUGGCAGCGGGCAGCGGCAACCGCAACCGCAACCGCAGUGGCCAAAACAACGACGAAAACAACAGCUCAAACAGCAGCAGCAGCAGCGGUAACAAUAACUUCAUGACAGCUGCGGGGUUACUGGAGACAGCACUAAAUGGCGGUGAUGUGGAUUCCGUACGGGAGUGGAUUAACGAGCAGACGGGACUGCUGGCCCCACUAACGUACGGCGGUGGCAGUAGCAGCAACCGACCUACCGGCAGUAGCAGCGGUAGCAGUAGCAGCGGCGGCGGUGGAUUCCAUGUCAGUAGUGGCACGUUGCUGGCGUCUGACGUGGAGUUCACGUGGGCGGGUCGGGAGGUGCUGCGGCGGGCGCAGGAGGGAGCCCAGGAGAUGGGCAGCCGCAGCGUGGGUACCUACCACCUGCUACUGGUGCUGCUAGAGCAGGGGCGGGAGCGGCAGGAGGGGCAGGGGGAGUGGCAGGGGCUGCAGCAGCGGCAGCAGCAACAGCAUGGCGAGGGCUGGGGGGAGCAGCGGCAGGCGGAAGAAGUCAGUUCGGAAAGCACCGCUGCCGUAGCGGAUACGCAUGCGGCAGCAGCAAGUCAGGCAGAGGAGCAGCAGGGAGAGGGGCAGCAUGCGGAGAGGGAAGGAGAGGGGCGCGGCAGUGGGGGUGCUGAUGUCAGCGGAGGCGGGCACGGCGGAGGCGGAGUACCGGGAGUAGGGAGAAGCGCAGGCGGCGGGAAGGCGGUCACGGGCAGCAGCAGCGGCAGCAGCAGCGUGAGUGGAGUGCUGCCGUUGCUGCUGCGGACGGUGGGAGCGGACGUAACGGCACUACGGCGGCAGUUGCUGGAUCUGGCCGAGCGGGACGAGGAGGCUCCUCCGGCGGUGUCAGGGGAGGCAGCACUGAGGGAGAUGGUGGCUAACCUCCGGCGAUUGCAUGAGCAGCAGGAGCGGCGGCGGCAGCAGCAGCAGCAGGCGGGGCGGCCCGGGGUUCCGUACGAGUGGGGAGGAGCAGCAUCAGGGGGUGGCCAGGGGGGAGGAGCUGCACACGAUGAUGACCUGUACGAAUGACGCACUUCCGUACAACAGUUGCACGAGUGAUGUGUACGGAAGGCCGGCGAAGGGGCCAUGUGGUAUGGAUUUAUGGGUAGUGAUUUAUGGGUGAGCCGCAAGAGCUGCAGGUUGAAUCCUCUGGCUCAUAGGAGUCAUGGCAUGACCGCAGCCGACCCCAACCGUAUUACGCAAAAGGGAAAGGAGGAAGCCGGAAGCAUCUUUCCAGGGUAUUGGGGUUGUGUAAUUGCCCUAGGUGCUGCCGGAUCAUUUCUUUUUUCUGAAGACAAGCCAAGAAGCAGGGAUUUCGUGCACUUAGUGGAGGAGGCAGGUGAGAGGAGAGUUAGGAGCAAGAGCAGACGGCGUUCGAUUUGUCGACCCGCUUGCUUCUGAUAUGACAUCUUGGAGGUGCGGUGUACAAUGUUUGGUAGGCUGGUGCGGA